ACACUGUGGACGCAAACCGCCUCUAGAAACGCAAGAGGAGGACGAGGAAGAGGAAGAUGGCAGCCUUGGCAGUGUCUGAGUUCCAGAGAGCUCAGUCUCUCCUGGGAACAGACCGGGAGGCCUCCAUCGAUAUCUUACAUUCUAUAGUGAAGCGGGACAUCCAGGAGUGUGAUGAGGAGGCGGUGCGGGUGAAGGAGCAGAGCAUCCUGGAGCUUGGGGGUCUGUUGGCCAAGACGGGACAGGCUGCAGAGCUCGGGGGUCUGCUGAAGUAUGUCCGGCCUUUCCUCAUGUCCAUCUCUAAGGCGAAGGCGGCCCGGCUGGUGCGCUCGCUGCUGGACCUCUUCCUGGACAUGGAGGCGGCCACGGGGCAGGAGGUGGAGCUCUGCCUGGAGUGCAUCCUGUGGGCCAAGACGGAGAAGAGGACUUUCCUCCGCCAGGCGCUGGAGGCUCGUCUCAUCUCACUGUACUUCGACACGAGGUGCUACCAGGAGGCGCUGCUGCUCGGCUCCCAGCUGCUGCAGGAGCUGAAGAAGAUGGACGACAAGGCGCUGCUGGUGGAGGUGCAGCUGCUGGAGAGCAAGACCUACCAUGCCCUCAGUAACCUGCCCAAAGCCCGGGCCGCCCUCACCUCCGCCCGGACCACUGCCAACGGCAUCUACUGCCCCCCCAAACUGCAGGCAGCGCUGGACAUGCAGUCAGGGAUCAUCCACGCCGCGGAGGAGAAGGACUGGAAGACGGCGUACUCGUACUUCUACGAGGCCUUCGAGGGCUACGACUCCAUCGACAGCCCCCGAGCCAUCACAGCGCUCAAAUACAUGCUGCUCUGCAAGAUCAUGCUCCGCUUGCCGGAGGAUGUGCAGUCCCUCACCAGUGGGAAGCUAGCGCUGCGGCACGCUGGCAGACAGACAGACUCACUGAAAUGUGUCGCGCAAGCCAGCAAGAACCGGUCGCUGGCAGACUUUGAGAAGGCGCUAACGGAGUACAAAGCGGAGCUGAGGGACGACCCCAUCAUCAGCACCCACCUGAGCAAACUGUACGACAACCUGCUGGAGCAGAACCUCAUCCGAGUCAUCGAGCCCUUCUACAGAGUCCAGAUGGCACACAUUUCCUCCCUCAUCAAACUGUCCAAGGGAGACGUGGAGAGGAAACUGUCUCAGAUGAUCCUGGACGAGAAGUUUCACGGUAUUCUGGACCAAGGCGAGGGCGUGCUGAUCGUGUUCGAGGAGCCGCUGGUGGAUAAGACGUACUCGGCUGCUCUGGAGACGAUCAGCAACAUGAGCAAAGUGGUGGACUCGCUCUACAACAAGGCCAAGAAGCUCACAUAAGAGAGUGAAGCAUCCGGAGCAUCUCACCUCCGCUGUUACUCCCUUCAACCCGGGAGGAGGACCAGGAGAGUCGGGGGGGUUCAUCGUGCUCCUCUUUAUGGACUCAUUCAGCCACUGUGCCCCCCCCCCCACCCCCCCCACACACACCAACUGGACGAUCCUCUCCCUCUCUCUCUCUCUCUCUGUCUCUCUCUCUCUCUCUCUCUCUCUCUCUCUCUGCGCCGGCCAUCAGGGACUUGUAAAAUAACAGAAGAUAUUUAAUAUAAAUACAAAGAAACCUGAAGAGUGGUUUUAAAAACAUGGCCAUCAGAAAAACACCCUCCUUUUAUCCUUACUGUGACCAUUGGCCAAUGCAUUCUGGGAUUUGUAGUCCAUAGAGGGGUUCCUCUCUGCGCCGGCCAGCAGGGAAUCUUGUAAAAUAACCUUUAAGAUGAACUUAUAAACACAUGUAAUAUAUAAAAAGAUGGAGGUCAAUCGGAAACAAGGGGUCACCUGGAGAGUGGUUUUUAAAAUGGCCAUCCUUAUAUCCUUACUCUGACCGUUGACCAAUGCAUUCUGGGAUUUGUGGUCAAUAGAGGGAAUCUCUAGCAAGAGUUCUCCUGACCCUGCUCUCCCACUUCCUGUUUGUACAUACCACGUCCAAGCACCUGAUGUAUUCCUUCCUUUUUGUAAAACCAGUGAGACAAGGACCCGCUUCGGCCCGUCACACAAAGUGCUUUUGAUGCUCCAGGUGUGACCGGAGAGGAGACGGAGGAGAGGAAAAUAAAUCAAGAUGUACAUUUUAGGGGAUUUUGCAAGGACUCCAGGGUUCACCGUACAGUGAAAGACUAAUGCUCAUAAUAAAGGAGAUGAAACCUG